UAGUUUAAUAGUGAUUCAAGGAAUCCAUAUGGAGAAUUCUAGGAUGUUUUUCAGCAAUAAAUACAGAACUGUACAAAAUGUCCUUUUAGCCGUUUUAGGGGCCCUGGGGGGCCGAGGUACCGUGAACCUUCAUCCAAGGGACCAAAAAACCCCAACAACAACAACAACACUUAAUUUAAAACUGAAAUGUUUCCACAUGACAACAUUCCCUUCACCUACUAUUCUUACCUUGUCUGUUUUCACUGCUCCUCUUACUUUAGUUUUACAUUCAACCCAAAAGAAGGCAUUGACAAUCCAGCCCUGGUUAUUACUGAUGACCCUGAGCCGGAUCAGAGUCUUGUGCCUAGACUGUGUCAGCUGAAGCGUCAAGAGGGACAAAGCUUUGGUUUCUACCUGCAAAAAGAAAAGAACAAUCAAGGUUUUGUGAUCAGAGAUGUGGAGCCCUGGAGCCCUGCUAAGCACAGCGGGCUGAACGAUGGGGACAAAGUGCUGGAGGUCAAUGAUGAAUAUGUGGAAGACAUGGACUUUCCAAAGGUGGUGAGCAAAAUCCAGUCAUGUGGUUUGUAUCUGUUCUUGCUGGUGCUGAGGAAAGACGAGUACGACCAGGCAGUUUCUAUGAGUGUGAACCUGCGGUCACUGGCCUCAGUGUCCAAAGGGGACCACUGGUCCAGACCCAGACUGUGUCAUGUUACCACACAGCAGCAGCACAGUCUUGGAAUGACCAUCAGAUCAGUGGAAGAUGUGUGUUCAGGUAAGAGAGGCCAGUACAUCCUGAGCACCGUGACUGACGGUCCAGCAGAGAAGGCCGGCAUCCGUAACGGAGACAAACUGGUGUGGAUCAACGGCAUCAAGGUGUCGAUGCUCACACGCUCUAUCCUCAGCAGAAUGGUGAAGCGGAGUGGAGGCUCAGUGACUGUGCUGGUCAUCGACCGUCACAGUGAAUCCUCUUACAUCAGGAGGAACAUGCCCAUCUUGCCAGUUUUGGCAGAAUGCUGUAGCCUUCCUCACAGAGCCAAAACCAUGCACAUGGUUAAAGGGCAGGAUGGAUACGGAUUCUUCCUGCGACAGGAAAAGCUUGCAUUUACACGACGCAUGAUUCAUGUCUUACGCGAGGUGGAUUCGGGGAGUCCAGCUGAGCAGGCUAGGAUGAAGGAUGGAGACCGGCUGCUGGCCGUCAACGGGGAACCUGUUGAGUGCCUGGAACAUGAUGAAAUUGUCCAAAAGAUUCGGAGCAGUGGUGAUCGAGUCAGUCUCACUGCAAUAUCUUCAGAAGGAAGAGACUUUUACAGAGGAUUGGGACUUUCUCCCCUUCUGUUCAGUGAGGAUUCUAUACUCCACGUUAACGGUGUGCAGCCUGUGUCAAACUGUGACAUCAACCAGAGUGAAAAUCCAAUGAGAACUGGAAAUGGAGGCACAUUAGAUCACACACUGUCUGUGAGGGACAAGGAAGAGACCGACUUUGAGGUCCCAACAGUAUCAUGGAGAAGUAAGAACUUUAAACAUGCCUAAAAUAGAAUUUCAUGAAGAACAACCAGAGGUCCCAAAACCUGUAACUGAUCAGAUUUACACAUCAGAGCAAACAACAAAAGACUCUGCCUGUGUUGUAGUGAUCGACUGCAAACCUUUAGUUCAGUUGCCAAUUUUCCUGCUAACCUUUCAGGUUACGGUGAUGGAGUGCGCUCUUACAGGUAUACCGCCACUGUGCUUUCUUAUAUUUAAGUUAUAAAAAGAAUUUUCUUUGGAACCACUGUAAUUUUAUUUAUUAGCCUUUAAUAGGGGAUUCAUAACAUGACAUUGCCAGUAUGACCAAAAUUUGUGUUUGGAAAAAAAAGAGUUCCCCUGAAGGGGAAAAUUUCAAAAGAACAAACAGCCAUGAACUACUGAUGGCAGCGACCUUUACAUUCUGUGAUAGCAACAUUGUGAAUCACAUGGGAGCUUCCCACGACUUGCGCGAGGGAUGCUGGGAGGUACACACCGAUAGCCAAUUAGAGCACAGAAAGCCCAGUGACAUCUGUUGGCUGGUCUCUUGAACAAAACUAUUCAAAAUGGUGGAAAACACUCAGAACCAGCUGCAUUUCUGUAUGAAUUUAACAUGUAGCUCAUAUGUUUUGUAAAGGUUAGCGGGAAAUAAGCACUUCUAAAUCUACCAAAGCUGUUUUUGAAAUUAGAUAACACCUCUGAAGUGAUUUACAAAAAUCUUAUGGUCGCUAGCGUGCACAAGGCAUGCAUGCACGUCACAUGAGGUCAAAGGUAACUUCUGGUCAUUUCAAAACCUCAUGCAUGCGUGCACGCAUUAAAAGGAAAAUUAAAUAUUCUUGUGGAAUUCCCCCCAGGUGAAUGUCUUCUUCAUUAAAAUGAGCUGUAACAUUUCAAAAACUGAGUGUAAUAACUGGGAUUUCAAUAGAAACUCAGUUUUGACUGAAAUUUUAAAGGGCGUAUAGCCUUAAAGGUGGAUGAUAUCGCCUUUCUAACUGAUGCUGUCAUGAUCUUGGUUUUUGUUUUGAUCCCUUUUCUUCUUGUUUCUGUCCUGUGUCCAGUUUAGCCAUUGUAAUUCCUGUUUUUUUUUUUUAAUGUUCAAAAUUUAUUUCCUACAUUUUCAGAGCUCAGAAUUCUUUCAUGUUCAUAGUUUAUUUCUUGUGUUCACUAUUUAUUUUUUAAGUGUUUACUGUUCUGGUUAAAUUCUGUUUUAGUCAUUUUGUGCUUACUUCCUGUUUUACUUUGACAGUGACUUCCCCCGGCUCAGUCAAUUCAAACCCUGCUUUUGCAUUUCGCUGUGCUAGUUUGUCUGCCUCAGUUGGAUUUCAUGGACUUUGACCUCUGAUCUGUUGUCAGUAAGCGUCUUGUUAAGUGCUUUGCAAAAGUAUUCACCUUCUUGCACUUUUACAUGUUUUAAUUUGUUUAUGCUGUGUCAAACACAAAAAGUAAUCCAGGCUUUUCUAUAUUAAAAUUUCAAAAGUUAUCCACCUUACACAGAAAUUGAACGCAAAUCUCUACAAUUUAAUAUGAAUUAAAUAAAAAUAUCAAAGUCAAGAUGAUGGGUUGCAUAAGUAUAAUGCCACCCUUUAGUUUAACACAUGUAAAUAAUCAGUCUUAUUGCCAAUGUUCUUCAAGUUAGGGGAUGGAUACAUGAACAUUUCCAAGUCACUGAAUAUGUCUUGAACUUUAUUUACAUCAGUUAUGAAGAAAUACAAACAGUAUGGCACUCUAUGAUAGAUCUAUGUGGAGCAGACAGUUCUCAAAAACUGUGACUGUGCAAGAAGGAGAAGAGUGAGGAAAGCCACCAAGACACCCAGAGAAGUUACAUUCUUCUCUGGCUGCAACUGGGGAAUCUGGAAAUAGGGCAGGUUUUAUAUUUGUAUCACCAGUUACACAAUGUCAUGCAGCAGAAAAGGAUUUUCUAAAAAAAAACAAACAAACAAAAAAAACCAGACUUGAAAGUUCAACUACAGUCUGCCAGGAGGCACAUGGGAGACUCAAGCCCAAAUUUGAACUGUUCCUUUUUAUGAAAGUUCUCUAUUCCACUCCACUCCACUAUGAACCUGUGAGUGGUGAUGCAACAGGCCAAAUGUGUCCUGUGGACAGUCUCUCCAGUCUCACACACACAAGCCUAUAAUUCCUUCAGAGCUGUUCAAGUUGUUGGCUUCCCUCACUAUUUUCCUUUUUCAUGGUCACUCACAUUUGGAGAACUGCCUACUCCACACAGAUUUAUCCUGCAAUAUCAUACAGUUUGUAUUUUUUAAUGUCUGAUAAUAAAUAAAGUCCAAGACAUAUUCAAUAACUUGGAAAUAUUAAUGAUUUCCAUGUGUUAUACCAAAGGGUGCCAUUACUUAUGCAGCCCAUCAUCUUAGCCUUGGUAUUUUUAUUUAACGCAUAUUAAGUUAUAGACCUUUGUUUUCAGUUUUAGUGUAAGGAGGAUAACUUAAAAAAAAAAAAAUCCAAUAUAGGAAAUUUUAAAUUACUUUUUGUAGACUGGUGCUGAAAUCUUGUGACACUUUCAGGUAUUUUUGGGACAAAGUUGGCAACCAGUCUUAUUUUGUCCAUUUGGGUGUGCUGAAUUCAAAUCUGCCACAUGACAAACUAUCUGACCUGUUGACCUCCAGAGGUCAUUGAACUUUGUGACCCUAAGCGCCCCAUCGGAACCCACACUCUAAAAAAGAAACUGCUGCCUCAGCGAGAAAAAUUGAUGCAACAAUUUGCAUAAAUGGACUAUUUUUAUACAGCGCUUUUCCAUCAGCAUCAGACACUCAAAGCGCUUUACAAUUAUGCCUCACAUUCACCCAAACACACUCACU